AUGUAUGUAGCAAGGUCCCCGACUGGGACAACGCCGCCUCCUAUCGUAUCCCUGUGAAAGUGACCAACCUGUACAGCAUGCCCUGCUUCUACGGACAGUACAGCAUCAGCCACUGCGCAUGCUCGAAGACAGAGGUGGACCUUCUUUACGGGAACGGCACAUGCUCACCUUUCUUCACAUCAAACGAGAUUGACGCUUGCCGGGACAACCGCACAACGCCCACUGUAAUCCCUGAGCCGGACAACGAAGGGGAUGCCCGCACAUACAGUUUCAAGUUGAACAUCUCUGACCCGGAAGCGGAACUUAUCCUGAGGUCAUCUUCCUGUGGCGGGAAGGAGCAGCUGAAGGUGUGGAGUGUCGGGAACCUGGUGCUGCUACAGAAGGGAGACGCCCCUCACCCCGCGGUCUUGACCGAGGUCUUUGUGGAUGCCGACUCAGACCAGAAAGUGGUGGACGUGACUGUCCAACACAAGGGUCAUCUGCUGACCCUCAGCGUCAAUCAGGGAGGGCUCCAGCACGUGAGCUCUGUGCUCACUAAGGACACACCUUGUCUCACGUGCAGUGUCAAGGUCAGAGCGGGAGCUUCGGUCGGUGGAGACUGCUCGCCUGUCACGGAGUUCAAGGCUUACAGCUGCGCGGCCCUGGAGGAGAACGUGUGGACUACGUCAUAAAACGUCCCCCAAAGAUUACACGCCUCUACAGGAUAUCAUGUGGACUACGUCAGAAAAAUCUUUCGCCAUUAAAAACCCAAAAAAUCAAAGCAAACCAGAACGCAGUUCUAUCUUUCCUGGGUAAAAGUAAAGUUUCGCUCUCCCCUCACCCGUUUCUUCGCCCCAUUUCAAUCAAUGUAUAUGCUUUUAAAAAAAUGAUAUACUUGUUCUAGGGCACAGACCCGAGGUCACAGUAAGAUUGGCACGAAUUGAAUGAAGCACAAUGUCAUAGACAUCGAAGCGGGUAGAGGUGAGGGGAGUUAUACUUUACUUUCACCCUUUGGUGCACUGCGAGAAAGGGUACGUGUAGGAACUCUCAUCUUGAGACUAUCUGGGUUCUGAUUUCCUGGGUCUGCGCCCUAACAUAACAACAGACUGGUCCAAAAAUAGGUGGUGGCGAGUUAGUUUGGGUUCCAGUCUGCUCUGUAUUUACGGUCAGCUGGACAAACUGUACAUAUCUGAUUGUUGAAAUUAGAUUUCGGGAAUGGGAUUUUUGUUUAUUCUGAUCUUGAAAUGUUUAUCGCAAUAAAAAUCAAUGCAGUUGCGUA